AUGGCAGAGUCCAACGGUUCUGCUGCUGCAGGCCACCGGCCACGGCGAAGUAGCUCGAUCGCAAAUCAUAGGGGAACAAGUCGCCAUGGGCUUUACAGAAGAGAUUCCAAUGUGUCCACCACAAGCUUCAUGGACGAUGUUGAGAUGGCACAUGAUGAGAUGUUUUCGGGUGCUGUUUCUGAAUCAGUACCCUCUAGCAUUGCAUCCUUCGCACAUCGACGGUCACGAGCAGAUUCCACCGCAAGUUUCACCUAUUAUCAAGAAAACGAGGACGAUGAGCUCUUACGAAGUACCGAGGACGAAGACGAUAGCGCUAUAAUAGAUGAGGAAGACGACAUUCAAUUUCAAGAGGAAGAUUCGGACCUAGAAGCUGCCGGGUUGGCUAUGAGAAGGACGUCAACCAUAGAAUCCAGAAAUUCCGUGCACGAUCGAUUAUUACGCAGUGACAGUGCAAGAACAGAUGGGAGCAAUCUUGGACAAGGUCAUCGAACGAAUCAAAAAAUAUACAUCAUCACAGAGGACCUUACUAUAGUAGUCGCUGGUUUUCGAACAAGUACUUUUGGAUUCGCGCUAUACUUGGCCAUCUGUAUACUUUCCUUUGGUCUUGGUUAUCUUUUACUACGAUGGUUGCCGCGCUGGCAAGUCCGGAUCAUUGGUACUCCAUCGCCGCUGAGAGAAUGUGCUUGGGUUGUCAUUGAAAACCAAUGGGGAGAAUUUGUUGUCCAAGAUGUCGAAUCAAAGGAAUACGGGCGCUCUCUUUCUACAGUCUUCGGGCUAUCAGAAAAGAAAUACAUGUCUUAUGAUUAUGACGACGACCCAAUUUUGGACAACUUGCGUAUUCUUGACUAUCGUUAUAUGCGGUUCUCAUUCAAUCCUUUAAAGGAUAGAUUCGUCCUUUGUAAUAGCUGGAAAGAUCCAGCAUGGACCGACGUAAAAUCCAUUCGUUCUGGGAUCAGUGGAGAGGAAAAGGAAAAUAGAGAACUAGUUUUUGGAAAUAACAUGAUCGAUAUCAAACAGAAGACUGUUCCUCAACUUCUUGUGGACGAGGCAUUCCACCCGUUCUACGUUUUCCAAGUUGCCAGUCUUUUUCUGUGGUCAAUGGAUCAGUACUAUUACUACGCUGCGUGUAUUUUUGUCAUAUCCGCUGUGAGCAUUACUACUACACUUCUAGAGACUAAAUCGACAAUGAAACGAUUGAGAGAGAUUUCAAAAUUUGAAUGUGACGUUCGUGUACUGCGCAAUUCCUUCUGGCGUUAUGUUCCAUCAAGUGAACUUGUUCCUGGAGAUGUUUACGAGGUCACGGAUCCUGCCUUAGGACAGUUUCCCUGUGAUAGUCUAUUACUGGCUGGCGAUUGCAUUGCGAGUCCGUUUCCUGUCUCUAAAGUACCUGCCACUGAUGAAUCUUUGCGGCUUCUCAACCUAUCUGCUUCAUCCGUAGCACCGGAGCUCGCGAAACAUUUUUUGUUCUGUGGGACUAAGAUCAUCAGGGCACGCCGUCCUCAUGAUGAUAACGAUGGUGAGGCAGUUGGUCUCGCUAUGGCUGUCCGGACAGGCUUCAAUACUACAAAAGGUGCAUUGGUUCGGUCCAUGCUCUUCCCAAAACCUUCAGGAUUCAAGUUUUACCGAGAUUCCUUCCGGUACAUAUCUGUCAUGGGCGGUAUUGCGAUGCUAGGAUUUGUUGCAUCGUUCAUAAACUUUGUACACUUGAAUUUGGCGUGGCACUUGAUUGUUGUCAGAGCUCUGGAUCUGAUCACAAUUGUAGUUCCACCAGCUUUGCCUGCUACACUUACUAUUGGAACCAAUUUCGCCCUCGGGCGCCUUAGAAAGAAGCAGAUAUUUUGUAUCAGUCCUCAAAGAGUGAAUGUCGGUGGAAAGCUCGACAUCGUAUGUUUCGACAAAACUGGAACAUUGACUGAGGAUGGUCUAGAUGUGCUUGGAAUUAGAGCUGUACAUCAGCCCGCAAAUAGAUUCAGUGAUAUUCUCACUGAUGCAACAUCCUUGUUACCCGGGGCGGCUUACGAACGUGACCCGACAGUUGAUUACAACAUCCACAAAGCCAUACUCUACACAAUGGCAACAUGUCAUUCGCUUCGAGUCGUCGAUGAUGAACUUAUGGGCGACCCACUGGAUCUGAAAAUGUUUGACUUCACUGGUUGGUCUUUUGAGGAAGGCCAACACAAUUCCGGCGAUACCGAUGAUGAGGAUUCGGGAGGAUUGUCACCUUCAAUUGCACGACCCCCGGCGGGCAUGGAAUACGAUUUAGAUGAUCAAGACAACGCCACUAACUCUCCUAUUGAACUUGGCGUUCUCAAAUCCUUCGAAUUUGUCUCCCAGCUUCGUCGAGCCAGUGUAAUCGCCCGGAACUUUGGGUCCCAAGGGUGUGACAUCUAUGUAAAGGGUGCCCCUGAAUGUAUGAAAGAUAUUUGUAAAGCGGAAAGCUUUCCCAGUGAUUUCGAGGAUCUUCUUGCGUAUUAUACCCAUAGAGGCUUUCGUGUCAUUGCUUGUGCCACGAAACAUAUCAAGAAGCUUAACUGGGUGAAGAUGCAGAAGAUGAGCCGCGAAGACACUGAAUCGGAACUGAACUUCAUUGGGUUCAUUAUUUUUGAGAACAAACUCAAGCCGAGUACAGCUGGUGUGUUGGACGAAUUGACUGAAGCUGGUAUUAGGAAGGUUAUGUGCACGGGCGACAAUAUCUUGACAGCCAUCAGUGUCGCCCGAGAAUGCAAUCUCAUCGACAAGACCGCUCAUUGUUUUGUACCCCAUUUUGCAGAAGGAAACUCGCUAGAUCCCAAAGCUCGAUUGUCAUGGGAAAGCAUUGACAAUGGCAUUUAUAAACUCGACAAUGAAACUUUGACUCCACUUCCUCCGCCAGUAGAGGGCGAUGCGUCUUUGCCUUACGAUAUAUCUAAUCUAAGGAAUUACUCUUUAGCCGUGAGCGGAGAUGUCUUCCGCUGGGUUGUUGAUUUUGCGCCUCCAGUCGUUCUACAGAGAAUGUUAGUCUGUGGCCAAGUAUUUGCGCGGAUGUCGCCCGACGAGAAGCAUGAGCUAGUGGAGAAACUACAAAGUAUUGAUUACUGCUGCGGAUUUUGUGGCGAUGGCGCGAACGAUUGUGGUGCUUUGAAAGCCGCAGACGUCGGCAUCUCAUUGUCUGAAGCAGAAGCCUCCGUCGCUGCGCCAUUCACCAGCCGAGUAUUCGACAUUACCUGCGUUCCUGAAGUUAUACGUGAGGGCCGAGCGGCUCUAGUGACCAGCUUCAGCUGUUUCAAAUACAUGAGUCUGUACUCGGCCAUUCAAUUCACAUCUGUGAGCUUCUUAUACGCAUCUGCAUCAAACCUCGGGGACUUUCAAUUUCUCUUUAUUGAUCUAAUACUAAUUUUACCUAUCGCCAUCUUCAUGGGAUGGACUGGACCUUUCCCUACUCUAUGCCAGAAACGUCCUACAGCCAAUCUUGUAUCAAGGAAGGUCUUGACGCCACUCCUAGGUCAAAUUGCCAUUUGUAUCCUCAUUCAGGCCAUUGCAUUUCAAGCAGUGCGUCAACAGCCUUGGUUCAUUCCUCCCCACCUCAACAAGGAUGAAUCUAACAUUGAAAACUCCGAAAACACUACACUGUUCUUGGUAUCUUGCUUCGAAUACAUUUUUUCUGGAAUCGUCCUCAGCGUGGGGAAGCCUUUCCGUCAGUCCAUGGCACAUAAUCUGCCUUUUGUCGUCACGAUUGUCGUAGCAUUACUAUUCUCACUGUAUAUGCUCUUUGAUCCUUCACAAUGGUUGGCGAAUUUCAUGCAGCUUACCGAAAUGAGCUGGGACUUCGAGGUCUUUAUCCUGUUUCUAGGUAUUGGAUAUAUCUCGCUGGCAUGGACAUCUGAAAAUUAUCUGCUACCGAGACUUGGAAAAUAUUUGGGUAUUUUGAAGACGUCAAUCAGCCGGAAGCCUAAGCAGAGGAAGACAUACAAGUUGGUGUUGGAGGAGAUGCGCUUGAGUUCAAUGCAAUAA